GCACGCCCGAGAGCCGUGGUUAAUUCGCAGUUCCCAACGCAACCGGGUCGGCGACGUCAUCAUCUCUACCCGCAAGCUGCAACUGCAACUUGCAGCAGAGGGCCUCCAGCUAUCAAGGGGGACGAAACACUGGGCAACUCGAGGCUCGCAAAUCACACGGCAAUUCGAAGCAUUGGCGGCUGGCCGAGCUGCUGUGGUGCACGCUUGGCAUCCGGAUACACACUGUGGUAAUCCGAACCUCGGUACUCAGUACCGUUUCCUCGGACUCGGCCACCUGCCGCCGCAUUUCGCAUUCCGCGUUCCAUAUUCCCGGAUGGCCUUCCUACAAAGGGCGCUCUUCCCCGCCUCACGGGCCGUAGCAGCGCGGUCUCAGUUCCGGCGGUCAGCGCUGCCAGCCAUAGCCAACCCCUUCGUGCGUCUGUCGUCCACUAUGAGGCCCAAGCUCAGAGACCCGUCGCUGUUCAAGGAGAAUGUGUGCUAUGUCAAUGGCGAGUGGGUGGCGGCCGGGUCGGGCAAGACAUUCGAGGUCCAUGACCCAGCCACGGGCGAGCUCAUCGGCACCUGCCCCGAGUUCGACGCCCAGGAUACCGAGAAAGCGAUCAAGGCAGCCGAAGUGGCUUUCGAGGAGUUCCGGCACAGGACGGGCCGCGAGCGCUCCAAGCUGCUCCGGAAAUGGUACGACCUCAUGGUGGAAAACGCCGGCGACCUGGCCACCCUCAUCACCUGGGAGAAUGGGAAGCCAACCGCGGACGCCAAGGGCGAGGUGACGUACGCGGCCAACUUCCUCGAGUGGUUCAGCGAGGAAGCGCCGCGCAUCUACGGCGACACCAUCCCCUCGUCGGUCCCGGGCAACCGCGUGUUCACCAUCAAGGAGCCCGUCGGCGUCUGCGGCCUCAUCACUCCGUGGAACUUCCCCGCCGCCAUGAUUACCCGCAAGAUCGGCCCAGCCCUGGCCGUCGGCUGCACCGUGGUGUGCAAGGCCCCCGGUGAGACCCCGUACACGCCCCUCGCGCUGGCCGAGCUCGCCCACCGCGCCGGCAUCCCCAGGGGAGUUGUCAACGUCAUCACGGCGCUCAACAACACCGCCGAAGUGGGGCAAGUCCUGACGACGAACCCGACGGUCCGCAAGGUCUCCUUCACCGGCUCCACCCCGGUCGGCAAGCUGCUGAUGAAGCAGUGCGCCGGCACGCUGAAGAAGCUCUCGCUCGAGCUGGGCGGCAACGCGCCCUUCAUCGUCUUCGACGACGCCGACAUCGACCUGGCCGUGGCGGGCGCCAUCGCCUCCAAGUUCCGCUCGUCGGGCCAGACGUGCGUUUGCGCCAACCGCAUCUUCGUCCAGCGCGGCGUCUACGACGAGUUCGCGGCCAAGUUCGCCGACAAGGUGCGCGCCUUCCGCGUCGGCAACGGCUUCCAGCAGGGCGUCACCCACGGCCCGCUGAUCCACCAGCGCGCCGUCGACAAGGUCGAGCAGCACGUGCGCGACGCCCAGCAGAAGGGCGCCACCGUCGUGCUGGGCGGCCACAAGCUACCGGACCUGGGGCCCCACUUCUUCCAGCCGACCGUGCUGACGGGCAUGACGGCCGAGAUGGCCAUGGCGGCCGAGGAGACGUUCGGCCCCGUCGCCGGCCUGUUCCCCUUCGACACCGAGGAGGAGGUGGUCCGGCUGGCCAACGCGACGCCCGUCGGGCUCGCCGGCUACUUCUUCUCGCGGGACCUGCACCGCGUGCACCGCGUCGCCGAGCACCUCGAGGUGGGCAUGGUCGGCGUCAACACGGGCCUGAUCUCGGACCCGGCCGCGCCGUUCGGCGGCGUGAAAGAGAGCGGCUUCGGCAGGGAGGGCUCCCUGUACGGCGUGGCCGAGUACCAGGUCACCAAGAUGGUCACGUACGGCGGGAUGGGCCGGCCGUUGCAGAGGUGAGGGCACAUGUGUGCGCCGACGGGAAUGCACUGAUUCUUGACGGUCUGAUGACGGAGUGAGUCACAAUGACCUGCUCGAGAUUGGAGAUACUCGGCAGGCGUUUGCUAGCUCCCGGCUAAACAGUUUAUCUAGCUAUCGAUGUUAAGGGCGACUUGGAGGAUCCU